AUGAUUUUACACGAGCCGGAAUACUGGAAUAGGUAUGAGAUCGAAAUUGGCGAGGAAGGUGAAGGAAGUCGGGUACAAAUAUGCCCGAAUGAUAGAAAUUCGUUGAAUGGAUUAAGCCCAGGAUGGCCUCAUUUUGACGCAUAUAUCUCACCUUCCUCAGUUGAACAAGCAAGAACAACAAGCCGGUUAGGGGAUGCCGAAGUAGAAGAAGAGAGAGAAUCGCCCAAUAACGAGGAGUUGGAAGGUUUUAACACACAAAUGGAUGGCUCACAGUCUCCUUUGAGCGAAAUCCUGAGGCAGUGGAAUACGCGGUCGACAAUUGGUGAUGUUCUUCGUGAUUUCCAUGUAAUAAUUGCCUAUGUUCUUGAGGGAAUGCAGAGAUACGAGGCAGGAAUGGCACCGUGGCCAGGCGUAUCUCCAAACUUUGACCAAAAUACAAGAGAUCUCUGCCAAGAAGAUAUUGAAGGAAACAUAUCUAUUACUAGUGCAUCACGUCGUGUUCUUUCUCUUCUUGAGAGCACAGGUAUCCCCGGGGCAUCUAGAUCCGAGAAUCCAGCACUUGGGAGCGUUACUCGGAGAAUCUCGAGGAUUCCUCGACUCGUGAAGAAAGAUGUUAAAGCCGAAGCCCCAGCCGAGAAAAUGAUGAUGGCGCCCGAGGAUGUCAUGUUUGACGAUUGGGAGAUAGUUGGCCAGGCUGCACGCUGCCAAGACCCUCAACACACCUCGAGAGUUAUCGAGGCUGAAAAGUCCAAAUCACCUAGAAAGGUUGCGUCUCUAACUAUUCCAGGGCAAAGGGAAAGUGUGCCCGCAAAGGAAAUUUGGAUCUCGAAGAUUCAAGGUGAAAACAGAGGGGCAAGCUCUUCUUGUAGUCCUGAAAAAAUGGAAGAUCCCAGUUCACGAACAAUUGAACUCGGGUACGUUGCGUCAAAAAUCCCGAUUCUUUUGUCGAGGCCUGGCGGAGGGCAUUCAUCAAAUCCGAAUAUUGAGAAGAUGGGACGUUCUCCUAUGCAUAAGGGUGUGGAAAAUUCGCCGCUAAGUAGUCAGAGGGGAAGACUCAUGGCCGGAGAAAUGCAAGUACCGUUAGACUUGCAUUUCAUGAGGGGGAGAAAACCAACCCGGGACUGUAGUCCGUUGGCAAAAAAUUCAAUCUUUGGAACUACUAGUUUAAAAAAAGACAACACCGUUAGUGACUUUGAGAAGGAUGAGACAGACGAUGAGCUUAAUGAAAAGAAGAAGAGGAGCCGUUUCACUUGA